AUGUCUACCUUCAUCUCUCCCCUGCGCCCGAACCUGAGCAUGAGCCUGGCCAGCAUCCCCCGGUACGCCCGCACCUUCAGCACCUCGCCCAACUGGGCCAUCGCCCGCCUGACCCUCACUGGCCGCCUCGGCGCAGAGCCCGAGCUCCAUGCCACCUCCUCCGGCCAGGAGAUCAUCAAAUACACCAUUGCCACUUCCCACGGCAACCGCGAGAACCGUCAGACGAGCUGGUGGCGCAUCGUAAACUUCGUCCCCGAGGGCGGCCAGCGCGAUUUCAUCCUUGGCUUGCAGAAGGGAACCCUCCUGUACGUCGAAGGUGAUGCCAAGAUGUCCACUUGGGAAGAUUCCGAGGGUCAGAACCGGUCCACUUUGAACAUUGUGCAGCGCACUCUCGAGGUCCUUAAGCGGCCCGAUAACUCCGGUCACUCCGACGAGUCUCAGUAA